GAUUUAUCGUUUUUCACGUAAAUCAGAUCAUAUCUUUGUUAUAUUUUUUCCGAUACAUUUUUGAGAGAAAAUCGUUUAGUCCGCCGUUCGUUGUAUAAUCGUCGGGUGCUCGCGAGUGAACACAAUGCACGCCAUUCAUGACGAUCGGGCAGUGGCUCUGGUAGUUAACUUUUCCUUAUUCGCUGAUGCGCAGGGACGCGACUCUCCUCCAGUCAUCAACGUCCGCCAGUCGCUCUCGCGGUUCUCCUCCGAGUGCGAGUAAUUUUCCAUAGUGUGUGCCAAUCGCGUGGAAUUCCGUUGUAAAUAGCCAGUGACUCUCCGUGAAGCCGGGGUCCCGGCACAGACGAUGAUUUUUCGUCUAUCUUGGUUCCCGCUAAAGUGCUCAGUGCCAUCAUCUCGAUAGAAUAACGAAGUCAUUCCCGCACCGAAAAGGAAUUUCCGUCUGCAAGUUAAUUGGUCCGACGUCAACAAUAGAGCGAUAACGAAGAGCUUCAUGCGCUCGAUGUAAUAAACGCCGCUCACGAGAUCACGUUCAAUUGACAAGUGUCAUAGAGAUUCUGAAAACACAUCUGUUGGGAUAAUAGCGUGACGAUCAGAUGCCCGUUAGUCUACGGAGUGAUCGAGAAUUCCCGAUAGAGCUUGUCGAAAACGACUAUCGUACGUGAUCUCGAGACGAUCGUCUCGUCGUCGUCGGGGGAUCGCGCUUUCGAGCACGUGGCCGCCGCGCGCGAAUCUCACCGUCGAGCCGUGGAGCCGCGAACGAGAAGUGUCGAACGAGGACGACGCGAGUCGCUGCCGCCGCCGAACUCUCGAGCAGGUGAACACCGGGAUGCGCGCCGCGUCGACAGGGCCCACCCGGUAGCUCCGUUGCCGGCUCUCGUAGCGAUCCUCAGGCCUUGGCGCCGGAAGAGACGGGGUCGCUGCAAGGAUCGGGCUUCGAGCACCGCGAUGUCUAUACGCGUGAGCGGCGUCUACCUGGUGCCCACCAGUCCGGGCGCCACCGACAACGGCGGCAACGACAAGAGCGUGGACCAUCAUCAUCAGCAGCAGCAGCAGCACCAUCAUCACCAUCAUCAUCAUUCGACGAAAACGGUGACGAUCGUGACGGCGCCGCAGCGCAGCAAUAGUCUGGAUUACCUCAACUUUGAGGAGAAGCGACAGAUCAUCGCGUCGUCCUUGUCGCUGAGCGAUUUCCUGGCGCAUGGACCGGCAGCAGCCGCGGCCGCCGCCAAGGAAGUAGCAGCGAAUACGGUGAUAGCGAAAAAGCAAAAUGGUGCUGCUUUGCGAACAAACAGUUUGGGUUCGGGUGCGAGAACGCCGCCCUUGGAAAGAAAAAGUAAAUUUUCGGCACUCGGUAGACUCUUCAAACCCUGGAAAUGGAAGCGGAAAAAGAAAUCGGAUAAAUUUGAAGCCGCUUCAUUAUCGCUCGAGAGAAAAAUCUCGGUACGUGCCAGCAGAGAUGAGUUGGUGCAAAAAGGGAUAUUGCUGCCCGUGAUACGAUCGACAUCGUAUCCGGAAAAUGAAACGAUGAACGAGUCGACGGACGCGCAAAAACCGCCGACGCCGCAGCAAGCAUCGCAGCAGCAGCAGCAGCAGCAGCAGCUGUCGUCGUUGCAACAACAGCAACAGCAACAACAACAACCAUCCGGUGGCAUCGUGACGAGUGGUAUUGGGGGUGGCGAUGGCACCCCCGCAGCAACACCUACGUCCGCCGUGCAGCAAUCCCAGCAAGCGGUACCUUCUGCUACGCCGACCCCUACGACUGCCAACCCGCAUUCUGCAGGACCGCUCAGCAACAAUCAACCAUCGCCUCAUCCCUCGCCCCUUUAUCCCGGAAUACCGCAGCAGGCCGGACAGCCCAACGGCAGCACGCAAGAGCCGAAGAAGGAAAAGACUGAACAGAGUGCGAAUGGCGCGAUAUCGCCGAGCGGCGGCGGCGGCGAUUCGUCGGCCGCAAAUCUGGGCCCGACCGGCCCGGGGGCGCCGGCCUCGGGCCCGGUCCCGGAUUCCGGGAACCAACAAAAGCCGAACAGGCCGAACACCCUCGACGCCAGGGUGGUAGCCAGGAGGCUGAUCUUGUUCGACAUGGACAAGAGGGUGCUGGAUCCUCAGGGUGCCGACAAUCAGCAGGUUAUCGAGAGAUGUUACCCGUUACCACCUCAGAAUACCCUGAUGCUGUCGGAGCUCCCGGAACCGCCGAUUCCGUUAAGCGAAAUCGGCCCUAUACCACCCCCGCCCAUGUUCAGCUCCCCGAGUCCAACUUUGCUGGCGAGGCAACGGCAAAUCCCGCUCUCAGACUGCGAGGAUGAGGAUGAGGAAGACAUCGACGUGGAGGAGGAGGACGACAAUAUGUACGUCUUUAGGGUGUCGCAGCCGGAUCCGGCGAUCGACACAUCCCGUGUCGAGGAGAUACCGGCGAAGGAGCCCAAGUUCCACGCCGUGCCGCUCAAGAGUGUCCUGAAGAAGCGGGGUUCCGGAAGCGGGCCCGGCACGCCGCAGAACACGCCGACCCUGGAGAACAGGCCGCUGACUCUUCGCCAGGAGCUCCACGCCUCAUUUAAAAGGCCACCGUUGAGGCCUAGGAUGAGAAUAUGCAGUCGACCGGUUCGAUUCGGCCUCGCUUUGCCCUGUACGUUGGAGAACAAGGAGAAUGCACGGCCGUAUGUCAUCAGGGAAGACGUGGAUGGCGAUUCCGGCGACGGACAAGUCCUCUACAGGGAUGAUUAUGACGACGAAAAAAGCCGUUUGGCAGCCAAGAUUGCGCGCAAGGAAUCGCUUUCGCUGAAACUCGCUCUUAGGCCAGAUAGACAAGAACUCAUCAAUAGAAACAUCCUUCAAUUGCAAACGGAUAAUGAAAGGCAGGAAACGAAAGAGGCGAUUGGUGCCAAGCUCAUCAGGCGGCUGAGCAUGCGGCCGACUCAGGAGGAACUCGAGGAGAGGAAUAUUUUGAAAAAGCAAAGUCCUGCCGAGGAAAAGAAGCAGAAGGAGGAGAAGAAACGAUAUCUCCUGCGCAAACUGAGUUUCCGACCAACCGUCGAAGAACUCAAGGAGAAAAAGAUUAUUAGGUUCAACGAUUAUAUCGAGGUAACGCAGGCUCACGAUUACGAUAGAAGAGCCGACAAGCCCUGGACGCGGUUAACUCCGAAGGACAAGGCUGCCAUUAGGAAGGAAUUGAACGAGUUCAAGAGUUCGGAGAUGGCCGUUCACGAGGACAGCCGACACCUCACUAGGUUCCAUAGGCCAUGACAAUUGCAAUGUGUUGAGGUGCUACAGUGUGGUGCGGGUAUACGUGAAGGUGCAGUGUGGUGGUCUCGUGUUGAGGCUGGAUAAGAAAAAAGUAUCGUUGCUCUUCUUUCCGAAUUUAACGGAAGUGUGGAGUGCGCGAUACUCGUCCGAUUGGUGACGGUGAUUUCUUUGACGUUGCUGCGUCGUGUCGCCAUUCGUCGUUGUCGCCGUACAUCAUUCAUCGGCACUUCCUCCGUCAUCGUCAUUUACACACGUCAGCGGCGAGCGCCACCACGACGUCGACGAAGAUUGUGAUAGGGUGACUCGCCGUCUUCGCCGAAGAGGACUCGGCGGGUCGCUCGCCGAUUUCUUUUCUUAAGGGUCGUUCACACUCGUGUUUAGCCGCGCAAACAGCUCUUCGCGUUUUCCGAUACCUAUCUAAUCCUUUUAUGUCUGUUGCGCCAACUCGAACAACGAUGUCGUUGUAGUGCAUGCGCCGAGAGGCAUCUCUCAUUAUAUAUUCUCAAUAUCUUCGAAAUAUUCUUGAAAUUUUGCGCGAUGAAUUCUGAAAUAGAUAUACUGCGCGUAUCUUCUUCCGUAUUCGUUGAAGCUUAAAAAACUAACAUUUAUCUUCAGAUCUACUCUCGAAAGCUUGCCGCUGUGAAAAUCAAAAUGCUGUACAGAAUAUAAAUAAGACUUUUUAUAGAAACGUGGGAGUGUGUGUUCGCGUUUCACUGAAUAAGAUCAGAAGUCAUUUCUGAUGGUAUAUCGUGUCUCAUUCAUAAUUGACGUUUCAUGUUAUGAAUUUUAUAAAUUGUUUUUUCUCUUUGUUGUGUGUAAAUUUAAAAAUCACGUGAGACAGACAUGUGAAAACGCGAGAUUACGUCUGUCACAAAUAUGUUUUAGCGAUAAAAAGAUGAUACGCAACCGGAACGUACGUCACACGCAUGUAUCGAUGCGUGAAAAUGUGUAGAUUAGUCACGCUUAUAAGAUUAAGAUUAAGCGUGAGACUUUGGCAUAAUUCCAUGAACAUCGCGAGCUCGCGUGUGUGAACAUACCCUUAAAUGUGUCAAACACCAUUUUGCAAUCAAGCUAGCUCAUCAGUGUCACCUGGCAUCAUUGUAAAUGUAAAUCGUUUCAAGUUUCGAGCCAUCGUAACGCGUAGAUAUGUGAUACGCCUUGUUGAUAUCACUAAAAAAAAUACUCGAAUUCUAUAAAAAACGAAUAUUCAAGAAGAGGAGAUACAUCACAUUAUAAGCGAUAUCUCGUAACUAACGUCGUUGUGAGUUGGGUUUAGUUGAAAAAAAAAUGUUUUAGUAUUAAUAUUUUUAUACGUUGACGAAUAUAUAAAAGGCAAAGAAAAAAAAGAGUUUCCGCAAAAUAAUUUUUCGAUAUAACUCUCGUUUUUAAUGAUUAAGAAUAUAUUCGGCUGAUGACCGAAAAUGUGAUUUACGAUAAUUCCAUGUUCUCACAAUUUUGGCGCGAUCCGCGGGCAGAGUAUUCAUUGCUUAUGACAUACUAACACAAUUGCGUGCAUAGUUUGUUGGGCUCUUUAUUCGCGUCGCGCGAGGAAUGAAAACAGCCAUUCGGUGUCUACGACAAUCGGUCGACUGCUCGAUCGACACAAUAACUGUUUUCCUUUACUGCCAGGUAUCACUCUCUCGUGGAGCUGCCUUGAACAGCAAGCGCUUACGAUUAUCUAAAGAAAAAAGAUUAGAUAUACUCCGUUCGCGGAAAAUCAGAGAUGCAUUGUGCAAUGUAACUUUGUAUAGGAGUAUAUAUAACGUGUAUAUUAGCGAUUAUUAUUAUUAUCAUCAUUGUUACAUCUCUCGAUAAUCUCGCUAUAAGGACGCGCUCUAUGGUCCUCGUUAAUUUCGAUCGCGCGUGCGUGCGCGCGCGUUUUAAUUGCAGCGAUGUUAAUAAAUUUCUUAAGAGCAAAAAUACGCGUGUUAGUUGUUGUUCCGUAUUCGUCGAGUACGAAUGUAGUACUUUCACAAUGAUUUAGCAAAAAUAAAUCAUUAAACAUAUCUUUGAUAACUACGAUACGUGUUUGCUACGCAUCUCGAAAAAUGCAUUAUUGGUCUGUAGUAAUAAAGGAAAAAUAUAUCAAAAUCUUGAAUCUCUUUCAUAGAAGUUUAUUAUUAAUAUAUACUCGCAGAACCCGGAACAUCAACAAUAAUUAGUCUGCUCUUUGUAAAAGCAAUUUGCUGGGUGAAUCCAUAGUCCUAUAUAGUACUGUCUAUAAUACAGACAAAAAAGAAAAAUUGAAUUAGGCAAAAAAUUAGCGUUAAUUGAUGUCGGCGAUGACCGGCUCGUAGUAUCUGAACUCGUUCGGCCCAUUAUUCUCAUCCGAGGGAAGAACGAGGAAAAAAUAUUUAGAUUCGCAGCUGAUCGAAAAAACGAAGUCAAAUGAUAGAAAAAAAAAGAAAAGAAAAAAGGGUAACGAGAGAAGACACGUGCCUCGAUGUUGCGCGAUGUCUUGCACGCUUAUCUCUGGAAGCUUCUUGCAUCUCCUCCCCCGCUUAUCUUUCUCCAGGUUUAUAUAAAACCGACCCUCCUGCUCACGUCACUAUUGACGCAGAGAUUCGUCGUCGAUCAUCCCUCCUUAUUUUGGAGAAUGGCGAACGAAAUGAGAGAAAAAAUUAUGAGCUAUGAUCUUGCGCAACGCGCAAAUCUAUAGCAGCGGUGAGUAAAAAAAAAAUCGUGAUCGAGAUUCUACUUUCCUCUCCUCGUUUAGAGAUCCUAGUUUUUAACGAUCGUCCAAUGGGGUGAGAGGAUCGGUGUGUAACGUGUCGAUCUUUCUCUUAACCCGUCGGUGAACUCAGCUGUUCGAUAUUAAUUCGUCAACUUCGAGGUCGUCGAAGGUAAAAAGGACAAGACACCUCUACCUUCGGGAAAUACCACGAAGAAGUACGUCAUAAGGAACGUCAUAAAAUAAUAAGCAGGGAGAUUAAAGUGUCUCUCUCGUUCCAUUGGUCGAGCGCUGUGGCUACCAUGUAGUCGAACAAAUAUAUCCAUUUCCGGAUUGUCUGGGCCGGUAUGAGUGCAUACCCGUGCGUGAUUGUAUGUGUGUGAGUAAUGCGCGAUGAGAGAUUACGAACAAAUAUUUUAGGAAGAGAGUGGUCGAAAUUUGAAUGAAACGUCUCUGCCAAUAGUUCUUUUUUUCCUUGUGCUACGUUCGAGAACGUAUUUUUGCAGGCACGUGUGUCAUAUAUACUUUCUGCGUACAUUUUAAUAUAGCAGAUACUACUUGAAUCAUAUAUACAUAUAGUAGGGAUUAAAUUACAAAAAUGCCAAUUGUUUUAAUAUCGAAGUAUUAUUAAAAAAUAGCGAUAAAGGUAUUUAUAACGGCGGAGAGAUUAAGCGCUCUUAUUAAACUUUCGUGAGCGUGAAUAAAUAACAAAAUCAUUGUCUUUUAAUUUAAUUUUUAAAUUGUAUUUUAUUUAAUGGAAAUUUUAAUUUGAAAUUAAAUUGGCUAUUUUCAAAUAGGGCAAUGUUUUGAUCCGUAAAGAGACGUUCUCGAGCGUAAUUUGAUAUCUCCACAUCCGUUCGAAGCGUCCACUCUCUGAGCAUAAAACCAAGGCAA